AUGGAUGGUGGCAGUGGCGGCAGAGCCGCUGGUAUGCUGGAUCGUACCUCUGAUUCCCCAUCCAGCGGCAGGCUUCGUCGUCGUGUGUCUCUCUCGGCGCCCAUGCCAUCAUCAUUCGACGCAAGGAGCUCCAACGACCUAGCUGUUGUUGCAUCUUCACGCGCGCGCCUUAUCUUUGAUCCGUCCUCCUCCGCCAACCACAAGCAGACGACCGGCUUCAGCUCCAACACAGUUAUUAGCAGCUCCUCAUCAGGUACCAUAGUCUCGACCACCAACACAUCUAGAUCUAGCGGCUCUAGCCUGCACUUGUACUUGUUCGACGACGAAGACGACGGUACAUAUACCCUCAACAAGGCCCGCAAAGAAACGGAGAAGAAGCGGAUGAACAACAUCAAGAGCCUGGUCCAGGAAUUCUUUGGUGCGUCGUCGUCGUCGUCGUCCGCGAAUUGCACAAUCGACAGCGGCGACAUGAGCGUCCUGGAGAGGUGGUUCACAGAGCUGGGCGUCGGCUGGGUGCUCCACAUCUCUGAUGUUGAUGCGUCUAUAGCCGUGAUACAGCCCGACCAUACUUUGGAUCCACGAAGCUGGAUCCGGGCUCUCAACGAAAUCAUGGAAACCAUUCGUCUCACCCCAUCUUUCUUUUCUGACCGUGGAUUCGAGGGCAUGCCCAGUAUUUGGGAGGAGGAUGAGGAGGAGGAGGAGGAGGAGGAAGAAGAAGAAGAAGAAGGGUUUUUUCGAAAAUCGGUAAGAAAGUUGUCGAAUUACAUUAUUAGAAGGGGGGAAAACCAAAUACAGAAAGAAGAAAAGGCAGAGGAGGCUGAGAGCUGUAUUCCGGAUCAGUUUCAGUUUGCACGUGGGGUGCCAGCACCAGCACUAUACCAGAAGAUCAGUAUCUUGCUGCGUGUGCUCGACGCUCUGUCCAAUGCCUUUUUCGAGGUCGAGGUGCUACUCCUUUCGAUGCCCUCGGAGUCGGAAGAGGUUAAAAGGAUUCGGGGCGAGAUAAUCAACCUCUUGUAUGCCAAGGACAACAAGGCGACUGAGGCCGUAUGGGGCACAAUGCAGGAGAUCUGGGCUCUGAUCAUGGAGUCCAUGGAGGAGGACGGCCAAGACUCCGUGAUGACUACGCAGGGAUCAUCGGACAUUCACAAGGUCACUCUGUCUGUAAUCCACCACAUCAGGUACCUAUGGGCUAACUACUGGUCAGUGACCUCAAUUGUGUUCAGCCUUGGUAAUAAGAAGCAUGUCACUGAGACUGGAGACACUACUAGUAAUCCUUUAGCCAGCCUGACAAUUGAGAUGGUCUCCUGUCUUGAAGAAAAACUUGCCAAAAUGUCGCAAUCCUUCACAGACCAGGGCCUCAGAUACAUGUUCUUGAUCAACAACUCAACCUACAUAUUGCAGCAACUUCAAACUACAUACGGCAACAACUUCUUACACUCAUAUUUCGCAGCCCUUGAUCGAAGAAUCGAGGGCUACAUACAGGCCUAUCUAAAACUGUGUUGGGUGCCAGUGUUGUCAUGUUUGCUCAAUCCUACACCUCAUUGCUUCGGGAAAAGCUACUCUCCAUUGCCUAAGUUUGAGUAUGAAUUUGAGAAAAUCUGUACGACCCAAAAGUUGUGGAAGGUCCCGGAUCCUGAGCUGAGAAAAAGAAUGCGCGAUGCUAUCACUAUGGAAAUCAUUCUAGGCUAUACAAGGUACAUUGAGGACAACAAAGUUUCCACCACAAAACUCACUCCCCAGAACCUGGAAGAGAUGUUGCAAGAGCUUUUUGAAGGAUGA